AUGCGCCAACAUUGUUUGGCCCUCCGGCUCCGCCCCCGUCGCCUCUUCCGCCCGGACGGGCCGCCGGGCCGUGGGCGGACCGCAUGCUGUGCGCUCGGGCGACGGCGCGCGGCGAACCUGCCGUCGUGCGUCGCUAGGGACGUGCCUCUGGCCAGGUACGGAACAUGGGGUGUGGGCGGGCCGGCAGACCUGCUCGCGGUGGUCCAGACGCGGGACGAGCUGCAGGAGGUGCUUUCGUACGCGCACGCCCAUAGUAUACGAACGGCACACGUUGGACGGGGAUCGAACAUGCUGUUCGACGACGCCGGCUUCCGCGGCAUCGUGAUCGUCAACGCCAUCGGCGGGGCUCGGGUGGAGCCCUCAGGACGCGUCGCCGCCGGGGCCGGCCACCUGAUCGCGACUCUCGCGACGCGCACCGCGCGUAUGGGACUCACCGGGCUGGAGUUCGCAGCGGGCAUUCCCGGCACCGUCGGCGGCGCCGUCGCCACCAACGCCGGCGCGCACGGCAGCGAGACGUGCGACGUAGUCGCCUCCGUGCUCGUCGCCUGCCCCCCGGGCCGCGGGCCCCCAGGCGGAGCCGGAGGCGGCGGCAUACGGUGGGUCGAGGUCGGCGUGGAGGACUUGCGACCGAGUUACCGCAGCACGGUGCUGAAGGACAACGCGGUGUGGUCGGGGUGCGUUGUGGCGGAGGCAAGGCUGCAGCUGCGGCGGGAGGCCGCGCGAGGAGAGGCCGCGGAGAGGACUGCGCAGUGGCUGCAGAGACGGAGCGCGACGCAGCCGGUGUCGGAGCGCACGGCGGGGUGCGUGUUCCGGAACCCAGGCGACGGCGCGGCGCCUGCGGGGGCGCUGAUCGAGGCGGCGGGGUUGAAGGGGAUGCGCGUGGGGGGCGCGGUGGUGUCGGACAAACACGCCAACUUCAUCGUGAACGCGGACGGGCGGGCGACCGCGCGCGACGUGAUCGAGCUGCGCGAGCGCGUGCGCAGCGCGGUGCGCGAGGCGGCCGGCGUCGACCUCGUCGGAGAGACGGAGUAUUUGUUGCCAGAGGGAGACACCAUGUUGCAAAUGUAA